AGAAUGCAAGUUGUAUAGCAAACUACUCCAAGCAUGUGAUGCUCCCGCUGAUCUGUUACAUAAAAUCCAGCCAGUGCUAUUUUUUGAAAAACCAACUUGAACGUUUCAAGGUUUAAACUUUAUUCAUGUCAUUUUUUACGGUUUUUUGUGACUCACAACCGUAAUUAGAAAUGGCAGCUGUUCAGAAUCCGGCGAGGAACGUUCGUGUAAAAAAACACCCCAAGUCUUUCAAGGCUACAAAAGUUUACUGUAUUUUGUGUCGCAAGGACUACUUAAAACCUGAUGGACACGAGCACCUGCAUAGCAUGCUGCAUCACAGAGAACUGGAGGCAGUCCUGGGCAAGAAUGCCCUCCAUGAUUGCCAGGCAUGCAAGAAGUCGUCCCUGGGUCUAAAUGAGUACGCAGAGCACAUCUCAACACCACAGCACCAAGCAAGGUUGGAAAACCUGAUGGCCAAAAACGUGAAGCCCGUUUCCCUGCAUAAAAGCUUGAGCAAGGAGACAAUCGAAAAGAUCUUGAAGAGAAACAAGGCGCUAAAAAAAGAAGAGCAUAAAUUUACUAAAAAGCAUAAAAAGAAAACUAGGCAGGUGGCUGGUCAAAGGUGGGCUGGUCUGCAGCAGGGAACCAUUACACAGAAGACAAAUCAAAAACCCGACCAAAUGCAGAUGAGGUGGUCAAAUCAGAUGCAGCAAAGUCCCUUUCAGGGAAACAACUAUCCAGUUGUGCAAAACAAAGAGAACAACAUGUCUGGACCUUUCCUCUGCAGAGACCCGGCCCUGCAGAACCAAAGCUGGAGGCAGACUUGUUAUCUGGGAAACUUUGUAGAUCGACCGCAGCACCAGCUUGCUCAGGAUGUGUUUCCUCAAUCAGCUCGCCACCUCAGGUUUGAUGACAGUUUUCCUGGCAGCCACCUGCCAACGAAUCAGGUCAGACAGGAGAGUUCUCAAAGCGACGGACCGCAGAUGAAUCAAGGUUUCCCUGUCACGCAAAACCAGAAGACAAUGCCUUCUAUCAACCAGAACCAGUAUUUCUAUGGACAGCAUACCAGUUCAAGACAGAGAGACUUCCGUAGGGAUAUCCUCCCGGAAAAUGGAUCUUUUGGGUUCGAACGUUGCCAAGGUGACAGAACGGAGUCCAAGACUUCCAACCCUUCAGAUCGACUUGCAUCUGAAAACAAAACAGCUCCCCAGCAAGACGUGGACGUCAGCACCAUGCUCAAGCAAAUCCGACGAGCUCUGGGUGUGAGGGAGCCGUGCAGAGCCGACAGAGAAGCCCGGAAGCAGAACAGCGAGGCCUGCAGCCACAUGACCGUGUGCAGCACUGCAAAACAAGCAGAGGUAGCGGGAAACUCCCUCAAGAGUCACAAUUGCGCUCCGACUGUGCCCUCCUCUGCUGGUGUUUGUAGCUCCAGAGUCACUGCACAGAAGCCAAAACUGUCUAUAACUGUAGAAGGAAUGUCAGACAGUGGAAAGGAAGACUCUCAGGUGAACAAAAGUUCAGAUUCUCUAAACAGAAGUACUGGACUCUCUGAGCCCAACAUGGGUGGCAGCCGUAAGGUUCGAAUUGCUCACAAAUCAAGUGGGAUUCAUGCGGAGGAAGAAGCUGUAUCCAAACCCCCAACUGGAGCCAACGAUAAACUGAGCUGGAGACAAAUGUAUGAGAUGAAAAUCAACAAAAGAAGUGAAGGGAGUCCGAGGUUUGGAAUCAAGUUGUCAAACCAUCAGACUGAGCUUCAAAGCUCAGUAAAUGACUAUGACCUGCCUCUAUCUGAAGGUUUUCACUGGGAGAUGAUUCCAGACUGCUCCACCGAGCCACAUCUUACUCCACCGCCUCCACCCCAUUUUAGCUCUACCGGGGUGGUGUCAGAUGCUCAGGUGGAGUCUCUGCUGGAGCGUGAAGCAGCUCAGAGCAGCUGUAAGGGUCAGACCACAGUAAAGGUGAAGGAAGAGCCGAAUCUGGAGGAUUAUGAGAUGAGCACUAAUGCCAACAAGAGAAAAUUGAAUGCAUUGACAGACAAUACCCUAGCUGACAGUUCAAACAGAAAAAAGAAGAAAACAAAGUCAACCUUGAACCAGGAUCAGAUGGACCAUCUGCUUGCAGUGUCUCUGAAGGAGGAUGAGCUGAGCCGCUCUCUGCAGGAUGUGGACACAUCUCUGAUCCAGGCCAGAAAUGCAGUGCAAGCUGCUUACGCGGAGGUCCAAAGACUUUUGCUGCUAAAACAGCAGUUCACAGUUGAAGUAAACAGUCUGAGAGCAAAGCGCAUCGAGAUCCUGCAAGAAAUGCAAGAAGGAUACUCUGGAGCAUCUAAUGCAGUAGAAAGAGCAACCACCUCUUCUGCAGUUGCAGCAUCUUCCAGUCAGCAGCCUUUCACAGCAGCCCCUGCUCCAUUUAGCACCCAACCCUUUUCUAAUCCCCUUGUGCUGUCUGCUGUCCCAUUAAAUCAAGAAGUCAGCCAUGUGGCCACGACUGGACAGGCCAGCCUUCUGCCCACAGCAUUGUCCUGUACCGCUGAUGUGCCUCAAGUGACUCUGACUCCGCCCGUGCCUUUGUUCCCACCCGAUCUGCUCCCUCCAUUGCUCCUCAGGCCACCACUUGUACCGCCUCUUACAGAUGCUACCUCUGCUAGACGAGAUCUGACAGAGAGCGGCAAAGCGGCAUCUGAAGCCUCUGCCCAGCAGAGAGAACAUGACACAGGAAAGGGAAUAAACAAAUCCCAAUCAGUGGGGACAGGGUUGGUAGAAAAGGUUGGAAAUGAGACUGCUGCAGACAAGUCUGUUCCCGAACGACAGAAGAAAGCUGACAGAGCAGAGGAUGAAGGGAACGAGAGCGAUGCCUCAGUUGAAAUGGUCAGCUCCUCUAAGGUGGAGGUCAUAGAAGUGGACGAGUCAGAGUGCGAGAACUCGGUGGAGACGAACUCGAAGGAUCCUCCGGAGUCCGUGAAUGUGGAAGUCAGUUCUACAAGCACACAGACAUCUCAGCAAAACCAAACUGAUGGUAAAUUCAAGCCAGUAAAAGACGACGUUGCUCCUGCAGAUUCUGUGGAGGAUCAGGAACCAUCAGUAGGAUCCUUUUCGAGUCACGCUGGCCCCGUUCAUGGCCUGCAAAUCCAUGACGGCAUCUUGUACACGUGUUCCGCGGACAAUACAGCUCGAGCCUACAAUCUGGUGACCAGAGAGUGCCAGGCGGUGUUUCAGGGUCAUACGAACAAGGUCAACUGUCUGCUGGUGUCUAUAGUUCCAUACCUGCCAGCACGUCUCUAUACAGGCUCCAGCGACCAGACUAUCCGCUGCUACAGCCUGAAGUCAAAGAGGUGUCUACAGCAGAUCUCCCUUCCAGACAGGGUGUUGUGUUUGCACGUAGCCUGGAAUAUUCUUUAUGCCGGGCUGGCUAGCGGCUCUGUCUUCAGCUACGAUCUAAAGACUCUGAAGGAGCUGGAUGUGUUUGAGUGCCACGGCCCCCGCGGGGUGAGCUGUCUGGGCACCGCUCAGGAGGGCGCCCGGCGGCUGCUGCUGGUCGGAUCGUACGACAGCACCAUCAGCGUGCGCGACGCCAAGAGCGGCCUGCUGCUGCGCUCACUGGACGGCCACACUAAGACUGUCCUCUGCAUGAAGGUGGUGAAUGACCUUGUCUUCAGCGGCUCCAGUGACACGUCUGUGCACGCCCACAACAUCCAUACCGGGGAGCUGGUCCGUAUCUAUAAAGGUCACGGUCACGCCGUCACGUCCAUCGUAAUCCUGGGUAAGGUGAUGGUGACUGCCUCUCUGGACAAACUGGUGCGAGUUUAUGAGCUGCAGUCUCAUGACCGCCUGCAGGUGUAUGGGGGUCACAGCGACAUGGUGGUGUGCAUGGCAGUACACAAGAGUUUGAUUUACACUGGCUGUUACGACGGCACCAUUCAAGCCGUGAAACUCAACUUGAUGAAGAACUACCGCUGCUGGUGGCAAAAUUGCUCUCUGAUCUUCGGCAUGGCGGAGCAUCUCCUGCAGCACCUCGUCGGCGAUCACAGCCACCCCAAUCUGCAGACGGUCAAAUGCCGCUGGAAAGGGUGCAAUGCGUUUUUCUCCACGCAGCAGUCGGUUAAAAAAGAGCUGCCUGAACACAUGCAGAGCCACAUAGAGAAUGACAGCAUGCAGCAGCCUUGAUGAGGUGAUUGAUUCUAGACACUGUUCUUCAUCUGCAGACAUCUGUUUGAAGAUGUUCCAAAAGGCUGACGACCUAAGUUAACAUAAACAGUAAAUCUCAUGAUGUUCACUUCAACGUCAAUAAAAUAAACAGCAGUAGGGCAGAUUUCUAUAUUCCAAUUGAUUGUAUUCCUCUUUGGUAAUUAUCCUGUAAUUCCUUUUUUAAGGAGGGGUAUUUACAGGGGUUUUUUUUAGGACCGUUACUGCCUACAUUACCCAUAAUGCCAGGAUCCUUUUUCUGCCUGUGUCCCAAAUCUUAACACUGUUGCUUUUAAUUCAUAUUGGAUAUUAUAAAAUAAAAAAUAAUUUCAAUCAAA